GAACUACUUUUAUAAUUACCAUGACAACCUGGAUGUAAACAUUUAAUACAAAAGCAUAAUAAAUAUCCACGCUUCUGUUUACUAUUUACAUAUUUUUUUUCUACCUUAACCUGUUUUUUUCUUCUAUUUACUUCUAAUAUGUUUCGUGCUGAUAAUCCUCAUUCACUGAGUUAUGAACAACAAUCCAAGUUUAUACAAGACCGUAUUACAAAUGUGGAGAAAAACUUUGGUGAAUUAUGCGUUGCGUUUGGUGAUUACACUAGAAAAACAGCAAGACUGCGCGACAUGGGAGAUGAACUUACUAAGGUUCUUAAAGACUACGCAAAUAACGAGAUCGUGAAUAAAUCUUUGAGUACCGGUCUGGAAAACCUCUCUAUAACAUUAACUGCCAUAGAAGAAUACAGAAAUUGUGAAGUUCAACGUCUGGAAGCAAAGGUUGUUGGAGAAUUAUGUCAAUAUGAAGCCAUUUGCAAACACGCACGAGAAGAAUUGAAACACACGAUGAAUGUUAGAGAAAAGGAACUGGCAAGAAAGAAAGUAUUAGAUAAAGCAAAGGAAAGACAACCAUUUAACAGGCAACAAGUUACAUAUGCAGAAUCUGAAUUACUGAAGGCCUCAGCAGAAAUGUCGCGAACAGCUAAAGGACUCAGCGAGCAAACUGAAUUCUUCGAGCGACGCAAACUCCAGCAACUGAAGACACUUCUAUCAGACUUCGUCAUGAUAGAGAUGACAUUCCAUUCGAAGGCUGUAGAAUUACUUACAGUAGCGUACCAACAAAUCAACGACAUUAAUGAUAAAGCAGAUUUAGAGCGUUUGACUACAGGUCUUUCAGAUCAAGAGGAACCAACGAACUUUAGAAGAAAACUUAGGUCUCCCGAGAAACAAGUGAACACUGGAAUAUCAGCAAGGUCUUCAUCGUUAGCUUCCCUCAUGAACCAACAAUCGCCUUCAAAAGAAAAUACGAUGAGUUUAAGAAGAAUGAAAUCUCCAGAGAAGAAUAACUUAGGGAGGUCCAACUCACUUGCUGCACUUUUGAACCAUUCAUCAUCUAAAGAUGAAGAAGACACCUCGGCAUCGGAAGAGUCAGAUGAAAAUGACAGCACCGAAGACACCGAAUCUCGCUAAUUAAACAUUGUCAAUUCUAUUUUUAAGCUAAUAAACGCUUGAUUGCAAUAUGAAAAA